CCAACAUCUCGACGCCGGUCUUAAGUAACCUUGCUCCGUUCGUACAUUAUCCGGCGCUGCUUAAGCCGUUUCAGCGAUCUCUUUUUUUUUCCCUCCCCGCCAAUCGAACCUGUUAUCUUCUUUACUCGCCGGCGUCGGCACCUCUCUGAAAGCAAAGAUGGGAGAAAUGAUUGUUUCGCUGGAGGAAGAUAUCCGACUGGAUACAUCUCGAGCAAGAUUCACAAAUCUUCUCAAGAGGCAUCGAGAAUUGUCAGAUCGUCUUACUAGGGAUUCUGAUAAGACGAUAUUUGAUCGGUUAAGCAAAGAAUUUGAAGCUGCACGGGCAUCCCAAAGUCAGGAAGUCUGCUUAGAUGGGGAAGAGUGGAAUGAUGGUUUGUUGGCUACACUAAGGGAACGGGUGCAUAUGGAGGCUGACAGAAAGGCAGAAGGCGGUAAUACAGGUUUUGCACUAGUUACUUAUCCUGAAGAACGAGUUACUUACAGAGUGGGAAAUAAGGUGAUCUAUUGCUUAGAGGGAGCGAGAAUUGGAAUACAGUAUGAAACAUCUUUUGCAGGAGAAACUUACGAGAUUUACCACUGUGUGCUUGAGAGCAAGUCGUUUUUGGAGAAGAUGACGGUGCUUGAGCACACAAUUCCUUUCUUUUUGCCACUACGUGACUUGGAAAAUGAUCUUCUUUGUUCGAAUGCUAAGAAAUUCAUCGAUAAUGUUGGGGAUUUGCUGCAAGCAUAUGUGGACAGGAGGGAACAGGUCCGGCUUAUCAAAGAGCUUUAUGGAAAUCAGAUCCGAGAGCUUUAUCAUAGUCUUCCUUACCACAUGAUUGAAUUUGCCUUGGAUGAUUGUGACUGCAAGGUGGUGGUGAGCCUGAGAUAUGGAGACCUUCUGUGUGAACUUCCGACAAAAGUGAGAGUUCUAGCGUGGCCAAUGCAUCAGUUGAAGAGACAGUGUACAAGCCCUAGAUUAGGUAAACUUGGAAGUCAAGCAAUCCCUGUGCGUUUAUCUUUUGCUGAGGAUGCAUUACGGAUCCAGUCACUACCUGAAGCAUACGCAGAGAUUGUAAUAAACAUGCCACAAGAAAUUGAGCAAAUAUUCCUGCAGAGGAGUCCGAGCUGAAACCUGAAGCUGUGUCCAAAAAAUUAUAUUUCUCUCGCUGCGUCGUUGUAUGAUAUUUGAUUUUGAUUUCCAACAAUGUUAUGUGCUACGAAAAAGAGUUUUUACUGAAUUGGCUUUGUUCUG